AGAGUAAUCCAUGAAAAUCCGAGAAACCCUGAUUUCGUCAUCAAACUCUUAUGCGAACAGCGUCCCUGCGAUCAACUCCCAAGUCGCGACUUCCAGGUCGCCAUGGCCGACACCUCUAAAAAAUUUCCAGCCUCGCCGUCGCCACCAAGCCACGCCCUCUCCGCUCAGUGUUAAUUUCUCCCUUUUUCCUCUCCUUGCUUCUCACCCUCUCUGCUCUACCAAAAAGACAACAGAUCUUUCUUCCUUCUUUCUCUCCUUGUAUUCAAAGGCCACCAUAUCUUUCACGGGUCAGAUAAUCUCCUGGUGCUGACUGUUAAUCUUGGCAUUUUAUUGCUUAAUUUUUCUAGUUCAUUCUUUCUGUAUGCAGUAUUUGGAAGAAAACAAAUAUUGUUAAUCCCAAAAUACGUGGAAACUCAUUGAAUGUGCAAAAUGAGUCUGGUGACUGAUUCUCUGGUACACUCGUCUAGUAGCGAUGACUUUGCAGCUUUUCUUGAUGCAGAGUUGGAUUCUAAAUCCUCAGACUCGUCACCGAAUGAAGAAGAAGCUAAGGGUGAAUUUGAUUCUGAUUCUUCAGAUUCAUCACCAAAUGAAGAAGCUGAGAAUGAUUCUGACACUGAAAACCAUAGGUAUUUUAGCUUUCUUUCUGAAAAAAGGUCUAGGGUGGAGAAAUUGGAGAACAUAGAAGAUCCUAAAAGAUCAACGUCUAAUGGAUCCCUAGAGCAGAACUUAGGAGCAUCCUCAAGUAAGGAUGCCUGCACACAUCCAGGAUCUUUUGGAGACAUGUGUAUACUCUGUGGGCAAAAGUUGAAUGAGGAAACUGGUGUCACGUUUGGAUACAUACAUAAGGGAUUAAGGCUUGGCAAUGAUGAAAUUAUGCGGUUACGUAACACAGAUGUGAAGAAUCUGUUACGCCACAAAAAGCUUUACUUGGUUCUUGAUUUAGACCAUACAUUGCUUAAUUCUUCUCAGCUCAUGCAUAUGACAUUAGAGGAGGAAUAUUUGAAGAGUCAAAUAGAUUCUCUGCAAGAUGUUUCAAAUGGUAGCCUUUUCAUGUUGGACUUCAUGCACAUGAUGACCAAGUUAAGGCCCUUUGUACGCACAUUUCUCAAGGAAGCAAGUCAAAUGUUUGAGAUGUACGUAUACACGAUGGGUGAUAGAGCAUAUGCGAUGGAAAUGGCUAACCUGCUUGACCCUAGAAGAGAGUACUUCAAUGCUAGAGUUAUUUCACGUGAUGAUGGAACUCAAAGAAAUCAAAAAGGACUUGAUAUUGUUUUGGGGCAAGAAAGUGCUGUUCUGAUCCUUGAUGAUGCAGAAACUGCAUGGACAAAGCACAAAGACAAUUUGAUAUUGAUGGAAAGAUAUCAUUUUUUCGCUUCAAGUUGUCGCCAAUUUGGCUUCAAUUGUAAAUCACUUUCGGAGCUAAAGAGUGACGAGAGUGACUCAGAUGGAGCACUUGCAUCUGUUCUUAAAGUGUUGAGGAAAAUUCACCAUAUGUUCUUCGAUGAGCUAGUGGAUAAUCUUGAUGGCAGAGAUGUGAGACAGGUUUUAAAAACUGUUCGUAAGGAUGUAUUGAAGGGAUGUAAAAUUGUCUUUAGUCGAGUUUUUCCUGCCCAAUUUCAGGCUGAAAACCACCAUCUCUGGAAAAUGGCUGAGCAAUUGGGAGGCACGUGCUCCGGAGAACUCGACCCAUCAGUUACACAUGUGGUGUCCCAAGAAGCUGGGACCGAGAAGUCUCGUUGGGCUCUGAAGAACAAGAAGUUUUUGGUUCAUCCACGAUGGAUAGAGGCUGCAAAUUAUUUGUGGCAAAGACAGCCUGAAGAGAAUUUCUGUGUCAACCAACCAAAAAAUCAAUAGUCAGUAUCUUCAUUUAGGUUUAAACAAUUUUUGUAGUAAUUGAUAGUUUGAGGGGCUUGGUGUUUGGUUCCUGUUUAGUAAUGUAGGUUCCUUGACCUCGCAUCACCAUAUAUUAUGGUUACCUGUAUACAUCAAGCGGUUCACAGAAUCAUGUAAAAUCACCAAAUAUGUUUGAUAGCACCCAUGAUCGUCAAGUGGUGAAUGAUCAAAGCCCCACUGAAUUUCAUUUGUUGA